AUGGAGCGGGCCACUGACGAUCCCUUGUCCGCCCGACAGCGCUCUAUCCGUCAGCAGACUCAGCACCAGACGGUUAUUAGGCUGGCACAAUCUCCACUCUCUGCAUACAUAGUUAAACAGGCCCCGGUUGCUGGUCCCGGGGUUACCAGUCCUUCCGGCGUCUUUCACAGUUCCACGUCCGGACUAAAGAGCAUACCAAGUGAUGGCAGAGGUGCAUCUCUCGCCGCCUCUACAACGGGGACAGCAGCUCCGUCAGGAGCGGGAACGGCAACGGCAACGGCAACGGGAACGGGAACGGGAAUAGGAUCAGGAAUUGGGGCGACUGGAGCAGCAAGUGGAACGGGAGCGCGAGCAGGUGGUGCAACCGGAACUGGGGGCCAGAUUUCACACUCCUUCUCGCUCAACUUCCCCAGCUCGAAUACAUCAAGUUCUGCCGCUUUGGCGGGUGGUGGGUAUCUCUUCAGUGAGGAGAUGUCUUUGAACCAAGAAAUUCCCGAGGCCGGUUCAAGCACAGGCUUUGCCGGUUUGUCUCGGCGCGUCACUAUUUCAGGCCUGAAGCCGGGCGCGCCGGUGCCAAGUCAAACUGAGACGAUCGGCCUCAGUAGUCUUGGCAACGUUGGCCAAACUGGCUCCGGUAGCGGAGGCAGUGAAAGUCCGGCCAAAAUGUCACGGACAGCCAUUCUUCUCUCGCCGAACUCUCCUCGUCGUCCACUCUAUCGCCACAAGCAGCAGCAGCAUCAGCAACAACAACAACAGCACCAACAUCACCAGCUGCUUCAGCACGCGAUAGGCGUACAGCAUUUCGGUCGACAACUACCGCAACGCAACCACACAGCCCCCAACGACUCAGCCCUCGGAUUCGGUUUCCAGCCCAGCCGACUUGGCUUGGAGGGCAGGCCUGCCAGCGCCUCCACAGAGGAAGUGGCCGGUCGGACGGCAACUACUGGUCUCUUCCCGAGCAUGCCGAGCCGAGGGACAGCCUUGGACGCCGAACUGUCCGCCCUGGAACUGAUUGCACUCGGGCGGGCAGGCGGAGAAGCAGAGCCGAGACGGAGGGCAACUGGUGAAGGUGAAGGGAUGGGCAUAUCUGGAGUUCUCUGUGUGGGCGCAGCAACAGCACCAACCUCACCUCAGUUGGGUCCUGAACGUCGCUGGCCUCUGGGUCAGCUCAGUCCACGAGAUGGCGAGACCGUUGACGCUGAGUCCAGGGCUGAGGAGGCGGACUUAUCGGGCGGAUUUGGUUGCGACACCAGCCGAGGCCACGAAGAUGAACUAUUGCUCAACGCCGACCUUGAGAUGGAGCAAGAGACAGAGACAGAAGCAACAGGCGCAUCUGCCAGUGCAUCACCUGUUAAGCUGUUACGCCAUGGUCUUCGUCGAAUGUCGGCGAUGAUACCGGGACAAACUGUUCCCCCGACAGGAGCAGAAGAACAGGGUCUGGAAGCUAGAGCCACCUCGUUCAAGUCGGUCAGCGGUAAGGCGAAUGCAUGCUCGACCACUGAGAAGCUGUCAUGGGGUAGUGAUUACUAG